CGAGGGAAGCAGCAGUUGCUCUUCAAGUCUCCUUCAGGUUGAAGCAGUGCAUGUAAAUGUGAAAAGGAAGGAAGCCGUGCUCUCUACGUUACCCUAUAAAGUCUGCCACUUCCUCAGGCUGACCACUCCGGCAGCGCAAUAAGCCAGAAGUUCCAGAAGACGAAAGAGACGAUCUGAGGGUUGGGCCCAGUGAGGGGGAGGACUAAAGAGGAGGGGAGGAGGAGACAGGAGUGAAAAAAGAAAACGGUGAAGCAGAGAGGAGGACAGACAGCGAGAGGAGGACCUGUGACAGUGACAGAAGACCUGAACCAGUAUUUCUUUCUUCUUUUUUUUUUAUUCAAAAACAUGGAUUUAAGUUUGCUUCAAGUUAUGGAGAGAGAGAGCAUCCUGGAGGUUCUUCGGAGAGACAAACAGAUGCGAGCAAUCGAAGAAGACAGGAUCAGGAGGAUGAAAUAUGACCUGCAGGAGCUCCGAAGGAAGGGUGCAAAGAGCUAUGCCCGGCAGUACGGUGAGCGGACCUGCGCCCGCUGCCAGAGGCCGCUGGGAAAGUUCUGGAACUCUGGCGCAGUCUGCCGCGGCUGCAGCCACCGCAUCUGCAACAAGUGUCGUGUGGGAGCAGCGAUCUGGAAGUGCACGGUCUGCCACGCGUACAGGGAUGUAAAAAUCAAGUCCGGAGAAUGGUUUCUAGAAGAAAAGUCAAAGAAAUUUCCAGUCAACACAGACAAAUAUGAGACGGUUGGGGAGAAACUAUUGAAGACCUACAAUGUGCUGAGUCAUAUAUCCAUUGUGCCACCCACUCCUCCACCGCACUUGGAUUAUCACUUCCUGAGCAGAUCUGGGGAUUGGAAAAACUCAAAGCCUUUCACCAAAUCUGUGGAAAAUCUAAUGGUUUCCUUCACGAGUCACAUUAAAAAGAUUUCCAAUUCUCAAAACGACGUCCGUGAAGAUCUGCUGAAAGUCGACAACAGAUGGAGAGGCUCGAGCUUCACCCACUCCACCCAAAAGAGCCUGUCCGACACAGACAUAAACAAAUCGAGCACGCUCUUCAAAGUCCCAAGUCUUCCAAACCUGUUCAAGAAAAGCAAAGACAGCGACCAGGAGGGCUCAUCCACCGGGGCAGAGGACGAGACUUCAUUCGGUUCUGAGUACUCUGGAGGGAAGAGAGGCAGCUGCAGCAGCACCAGCACAGAGUUCGGCUUUGAGAGCGUUUCUGUGACCGGAGAACUGGAGCUGGCUCUGGCCUUCAACACCAACACCUCCCGUCUGGAGAUCACAGUCGGCGCCUGCAGAAACCUGUCCUACGGAGACAGCAAGAAGAAGAAGUGUCACCCAUACGUGAAAAUCUACGUGCUGCCGGACAAGAGCUGCAAACUGAAGACGUCAGUGAAGAAGAACACGACUGAUCCGGUUUACAAUGAAGUUUUGAAGUAUGGCAUACAGCGCAACAUGCUCAUUGGAAAGAGGCUACAGGCGACUGUGUGGCAUUCAGGUACCCUGAAAAGGAAAGUUUUUCUUGGUGAAGUCCUCAUCCCUCUGGACGGCUGGAGAUUUGAAGACAAGGCAUUCCAGUGCUUCAACUGGUAUCCACUGUGUCCGAAGCCUGAGAGACAAAACGGAGGUGCUGCGGAUCAGGAGUAAGGAGAACUGCUGGCCGGAGUCAAGGCGUCUGACUGCGGGAGCCAGCAGAGAGCUCGUCCACAAGACGCCCAUUUCUAAAAAAAGGGAGACUGAAGUCAUCCACUGCUGCUCGUCCAGGACGUCACUCUGAACUUGGACCUGUGGGAUAAAAGCACCUCCUGCCUCUCUGAGGCACCAUAACGGGGACUUGAAUGGACCAAUAACAGCAGAGAUUCACCUUUGAACGUCCUCUGUGGAAACACUUUAUUGCUGUCUGUGAAGCAUCUACAAUCGUUAUGAAUGUAUACACCACCUCAAGCAAAGCAGUUGUGAUUAAUUAAUAGUUUUUUUGCAUUAUAGAACAGACUAUAAAAAAUCUAUUGCUUUAUAGAAACAUUAUUUAUGCUUGUUAUAUUUAUUUAGCUUUCUAUUUAUUUUUCUGCUAAACUCCUUGAAACGUGAAAAAAAUCCAGUUACGGCUCCAAGUCUGCUUAAUAAUUACUUCAUAAUAUCCUUUGUUGCAGUUUUAAGCUAAAGAAAGAUUGGAUAAGCCAGCUUCCUACCUAACAUACCGAUAUAUUUCUUUAUUAACUGCUUGUGGAUGCUUCAUAGUUGCAGAUGUUUAGCACGUACAAUUUUACUACUUUUUAAAUGUUAAACAGUUAAAGUGUUGCCACUUCCGUUCAAGGCCUCUCUGCUGACCUUCGGGGCUCCGUUUAGACCCAGUUUCCUCCUUAAUGCGAUGUUCUUCUGUCAGAGGAGAGCAAGCAACAAAACGUCCAUGCAAAUAAAAUUAGUGGAAGAGACGCUAAGCUAACGUUACUGACAAAUGAAAUCUGGAGCCACACCCGGCGGUGGAGCGGAAGCGGUUUGAGUCGCUUCAGAGACACACGCACUGACACACCACACAGCGGCUCUCCGAGUACAAAGACACCUUUCUUGUCUCUGUGGACGCGGCGUGUGAAAGCAGAAGAAGAAGAGGAGGAGGAAUAAGGAGGUUUCUGUGCUGGGAGCAGUGAUAUCACUGACCUGGAAUUCUGUUGACUCCGCGUUCUCCCGGCUCACCAUGGCAACUGGAGGCUCAACAGGUUAAGCGUGACGUCAGCUCGCCUGCGUCAACAGGUGGAGAAAUUGACGCCAGCAGCGGCACAGGCCGCAUACAGACUCAUUGUAUUUAUUUAUUUAUUUAUUUUUGUUUACAUCCAGCACUUUAAGACGCUCAGUUAGCAUUCAACUAUUUACAGUGUAUGUGUAGUACAGCUGUCAGAUAAUAAGUCAAUCAGCUUCCACGUGCAUGUGUGUUUUCGUUUUUUGUCAUUUUAUUUAUUCUGUCACACUGAAUUGCUUUUGUAAAAAUAAAAGUAUCUGAAUAUGAAUCAAAACAACGUGUGAGAGUCCUGACAUGCUGAUAUUAUAAAUAUAAAGCUCUACUUUUUGGAAAGCAUUUAUCUGUAACCAGUGUGUCUGACUUCAUUUUAGAGCUCAUCUUGAAAGGAAAUUUCUGCAUCAAGUUUCAUUUUCAAUUCAUUGAACAUCUGGUGAGUUCUUUUAUUCAAAAACACAAACAUCAAUCUCACAACAUCCCAAGCCAGAACCAGUCCCAAAUCCAUGGACUACCCUGGACUACCUUUUCAUACAGUUUGGCUUUAUAAUGCUCUGACAAAGCUAAGAUCAUCAGCGCCCAGCAUUCGUUGUUCGGGAGAACAUGAAAGUUGGUACAACCUCCAAGGCAAUCCAUCCUGUCAUCCUGGUCUGUCUUUAACACUGUAAA